CCCGGGUCGGUGAGGAGUGAAGCCUACGUGCGUCUGUCUGCCUUCUGACCUCCACUUGAAUGAGCAGAGUUCCUUGGGCGGUGCACGGACAGCAGUGAACGUUCUUGCAAUGUGCUUACAUGAAAAUGUUUAGAUACAUGGUUUAGCGCUUUGUGUUUAUUUGUAUAGUGCUGUUUUAAACUAUUAUAGAAUACUGCGGCGAAGUAUCAGAGAUUCACAGUUUUGUGCGGAAACUUUUUAGUGGAAACCUACCGUGUUGCGUGUAACGAAAAGCACCGGAGGCUGUAUAGUUUCAUACAUUUUCGUUCUGUCGCUGGGAUAUUCCUUAGUGAACAUACAAGUGCACCCGUGAAGACUCAUUAGCGAGGCCAGGGAGCGGCGAGACCCUUCCCUGACCCACCUUGGCCCUUCUGGGAGACCGCGUCACCGCGAGCAUUGACCACCACCGCGGCGGCCGGCAGGACCAAGAUGCAGGGGAAAGGGUGGGCACGGAGUAGGGUGGUGGGCGUGGUGGCCCUCCUCACCAUCACCAUCUCCUUCCACGCUGGAUGCUCUCAAGCUCUCUCCUUCGAUCCCAAGAAGCUGGAGUCGUCGUCACAACUCUGGUCAGGUUACCAUCCAAACAUCAACGUGCUCGCCACCAGCUUCGAGGACUCCACGCCAACGAAUAUCACGGCGCUGGUUGGGGACUCCGCCUUUCUCCCUUGCACUGUCUUCCACCUCGGCGACAGAUCCGUGACGUGGAUGAGGAAACGAGACCUGCACAUCCUGACUGCCGGCAUUUAUACCUACUCUGCUGAUGAGCGGUUCAUGGUUCUUCAUCCUGAGAAUUCCAACGACUGGACGCUGCACAUCAAAUUCGCCACACUGCGGGACUCCGGCGUGUACGAGUGUCAGGUGAACUCAGACCCAAAGAUCAGCCGCACUGUUUACCUCAACGUCAUAGAGAACCAGCUGGACGACCCAGGACCCUAUGGCGUCGCCGUCACUGACACACGUUUCCCAGACUAUAAGUUUGACUACGAUGAAAGACUAAGAAUGUACAAGAAGACGAAGAGGACCAAGGUGCCCGUGGUGUUGAUUGAGGGGCUUCAGGAGCGGCACAUCCAGCGGGGCAGCAUCCUCGGCAUCACCUGUGUAGUUCGCCACGCGCCGCAAGAGGCUCCUGAAAACAUCCUUUGGUUCCACGGGGCGCUCAGUAUCGACUACGAUUCUCCCAGGGGCGGCGUGUCCAUCCAGACGGAAAAAUCCUUGACGAAAACAGUCAGUAAAUUGAUGCUGUCUGCCGUGGACCAAAGUGACACAGGGGAGUACAGCUGUAGCCCCACCGCCCUGGAGCCUGCUGAGAUCACCGUGCACGUGCAGGAUGGUCAGAUCCAGCAGCCAGUGAAGCAAGGCCUGGGCUUCAGCAAAGCUCCGCGCAGCGCCGCCUCCUGGAGCUUCCUCCUGCUUCUGGCGAUUCUAAUACAGCUCCACACAAACGAAUGGAGUCUAUUUGACUAAGGGCCUUGGGACGCCCCGCCCCACUAUAUAUUGAUUCAAGAUAUAUGGACGAAAACCUCCGCCAAACCUUUUUGCAGACACAACACCUUUUGGGACUGACACGUGAAUGACAAUUUUCUUAAGUUGUUUGAACUGUUUAAAAUUCACUGUGUACUCCACUGAAACUGUUUAAUGAGGUGUAUUAGUGAACAAGGAUGCCCACAUGAGUUUGUAAUAACACCGUGCUGAGGUCAUGGCCUCCCACGAACGGUAGCUGUUGAUUGUAACAUGUCUGGGAUUUCCUGUGGAUGGAUGUGCAAAGAUGUAAGAUCUGUUAUGAUUCAGUUUUGAUACUUUUAAGUCAUAAUGAAAUAAUGACUGGUUCUAAUCAUUGCAAAAUGGUUAAAACUUCAGAAGCUUUUUUAACCUUCUCAAAAUGACCCUGUAUCAAUAAAUUAGAUUAUAACAAGGAGCUGUAGCCGUCGUUAAGUAUUUUGUUUACUAUGGGCCAAAUUACUGCCUCCAGUAUUACAGGUUUCGAAAAGAUGAGCAAUAUGUAAGUUAUUUUGUGAAAAAUAUAUAUUUUUGUCUUUUGUGUCAUUGUGUUCUGAAGAUGUCAACAUUAUCAAAGGGUGAACGAAAAACAGGUCCAUACUAGUAGUAACUUUUUCAAUUGAGUACAAAAGAAAGCAACUUGCGGCUCCUCAUUCAGGUUAUUAAUCAUGUAAGGUGUUUCUUGUAGGUCACGCAGGGUCACACCACAUCAUUCCCUUGAAAAAAGUGUUGUGUCUACUAUGACUCUCCCCACUUUAGUUUCUGCAAUACGAGUAUUUAUGGCCAUAUCUCUCUUUUUUCCACGAGUAUCGCCCUUUUUGUACAAUAUCUCAGGUGUUUGAAACCAAUGGCAACAUUCCUCUCCUGCUUCUUGUGAUCCCUUUAAAAUCACACACACACACACACACACACACACACACACACACACACACACAUUAUUAUUAUUAUUACUAUUGUUGUUAAGUAACAUUCACCCUGUUAACUGAAAGGAAAGAUGGUCAGGUUUAUAGACGAAAUUCAUGUCCAUUUUAACCGCCACGAAAAUAAUCUUUUAUCAUUUGCAUACUUUAUUUAGUUUUGUAUGUGUUAUCUUUAAAAUAUUUGGAACACCAUGACACAAUGUGUUUAUUUUGUUAUUUAUUAUUAUUAAUUUUUUCACUAAACUUUAGACAGGCAAAUUCUCAUCAGCAUCUACUUCAGGACGAAGGAGCGAGGCGGUAGGCAGGUUCUCUUAGCCACAGAGAAAUGCUGAGUCUUGUGCCUCACAUCUCUCAACUCCAUCAAUCAUCAUAUAUAAAGAGUUAACCCUUCAGUGUCAUUUUUUUCUUUAUGUAAGAUGAGCACCAGAAAAGGAUAACAAAAAGAACUUUAAAAAAUUGUUCACUUAAGUGCCAGUUCCAAAAAGUCACAAGAGUCACCUAAAGUUGGAGGAUAAUGUCUUAGAACAUCAGUAUAUAUUAGUUGUUGUUCACACUGUUUCAGAUAGUGCCAUGUAACACUGGUCUUUGCACAGCCAUCCACGGAGACACUCAAGAUCGAAGUGAAGGCCACGGCAUGUCAAGAAAAGCUAUGAUAUCAUAGUAACACACAUUCUAAAUCCAUGGCGCCAUUCAGUCUAAAGGCGUGAACAAUUAUGCGUUUUAUAAUAUUGUCAUUUAUUUCAUACACCUUCAUUGUAGUCUUGUCCUUCCUGUAUUUAUUUUUGGUCGUGUUUUUUUUUUUUUUUUUUUGGCCCAGAUUGCAUACUUAAGCCUGAUUGAUUAAGCAACUAUUCGCUAUUCGGAGCCGUCGUUCAUCUACCUUGUAAGUCUUUAUAUGGUGCCACCUCCUAUAGCUUAGUUUGUGUUCUCAGGGUCAAAUACUGACAAAUAUUAAGUAUUUAAGCAGUAGGCUAUGUGUUCAAGAUGGUGAAGGAAUGUUACCUGGCCACACGUGCGCGUUUACGAAGACGUAUUUUUCUGAAUACAUAUAAAAGACUGAUACUGAAAUACUUAGCUUGUACGUACAUAGAGAGGCGAGUGUUGGUUGGCGCGUGGUGUCUCCUGAGGGACACAGAGAGAGGGAGUGUCUCGUGAGCUGCGGUCUGAUGGUGGCGUCAUGGAGGUGGUCAUAACAGUAUCCGGUCUUAUAUUUGUUAGUGUAUUUACUUGUUGAUUCUGUUGUCCAGGUUUUGUCUUUACAGUCAGCAGUGCUCAUCGGCUCGCCACGAUUGAAUUUUAUUUCCAUUUGCAAGGAAAGAUGAAAUGUGUUAGUCUAUUGAUCCAAUUUUGUAUACCUUUCGAUAAGUGUUUUUACACUGAAGAUGAUGAUGGUGAUGAAGGAGACGGUGUUGGUGUUGGUGGUGGUGGCGGUGGUGAUGCCUACCCCUGUAUACAUAUUGCCUUUGCACAAGGAGUUUAAAUCAGUCACAUUUCAGGCGUGUAAUAUCUCCUGUGUGACAUUCAAGACCUUUGAUGUAAGCGUAAGGAUCAUGUUUUUAUUUGCAUUCAAAAGAUAGGAAGUGACUGUAAGGAAACUGAUCGAGAAGGAAGGUGAAGAUACGCCUUGCCAGUCCACCAGCAAACUUUACCCACACCAACAUCGUCCAUCCUCGGUAGGCAUCACUAACUCUCUUCCCAAACACUACAAUGUCUGAAAACCGCUCACUCGACUUUUACGGGAUAAUUGUAAGGAAAGGAUGGUUGUAAAAUUGUGAAAGUUAGUUGAAGUUAUUGCUAUAAAAAAAAUCUCCUCAGAAAACCAACUCAAAGAAAAUUCAUCGUCUAACUUGAAGGCCUUUAGAAGUGGAGUGUAGUAAUCAGCCAUGUCAGCCUGUCAACAGAAGUGACUACCGUAUUAGAGCCAUAUUCUGAAACGCUUCUACGCCUCACCUUCACUGCAUUCAAAGGGCUCUACUUGAAACUACACAAGUUUUUCAAGAGCAUUUCUAGGAUUCCAUUGUAAGACUAACAAGAUUUCUACAUUAGUAAUAUGAGUAACAUUUUUGAAAACCCGGCUAUUCAGCUCAGUGGCCUUUGAAAAUAGUAAUGGUGAGAGCAAAGCGCCUCUGAAUACAAGCCUUUGUGUGAAUGUGUUAUGACAAGUCCGUGGCGUCACCAGGCCAGCUCGGGACUCCAGCAGCAAGCCGAGGAUGAACCGCCGCCUCAUUAACUGUCCAUUUCAUAUUUUACUGAAGACGCCUCAAAACACCGUAUAAUGCAGUUCGUGCUGCAGUUAUGUCGUAGCAUUUAGAAAGCGAAAAAUUUGUAUAUUUUUAUUAUAUAAAUCUAUAUUGUAAAAUUUGUACUGUAAAAUAUAAACUUGGGUCAGGUCCUCCCAUAUGUAUAGAUCCCUUACUACACCCUUUCUUGGUGCGCAACUUCUUCAUCUACUUCUUCUUCUUCUUCUUCUUCUUCUUCUUCUUCUUCUUCUUCUUCUUCUUCUUCUUCUUCUUCUUCUUCUUCUUCUUCUUCUUCUUCCUCCUCCUCCUUCUCCUCCUCCUCUCUUCCUCGCAGACACUCAAUCACGUUUUCCGCAGUCGUAACAAUAGUAUUGAUUUUUCCCUAUCUCGGGGUAGUUGCAUUUCAAACUGUUAGCCAUUUACAUUAUUUUUAACGCAACAUUUAUGUAUUAGUAAUUAUUUGAUGUUUAUGUUUGUACCAGUAAUGAUAAUACUAUUUUAGUGUUAAGUCCUGCCAGAGUGAGAGGGCACCGGGGCAGAGAGAAGCACCAAGCCAGUGCUAGUGCUGGUCUGGGAUGCACCGCCGCUCCUCUCUCGUGCCUAAGCCUUUUAAUCUUGGUCUGGGCAGGAUAUUUGCUCGAAUAAACCUGAUUUGAAUAAGUUCACACUCAGCAUUUUGCAAGUCAAUCAUCCGCACCUUGGUUCCGUUCAGGUAUAGCACCUUAAUGUCACUCAUGUAUCUGACUUCCAUGUUUCACUAUUAAAAACAUGCAUUUUGUAAAAGUACGGUAUAAUGUGUAAGCGCUGGUAUAUACAGUACGUUGUAGCGUAGUUUAAUCAUGUAAUGGUGAGAAUAGUCUUCUUUAGGAUUUGAAAAAAAAAAAAAAAAUAGAAAAAAAAUGUUUUCGAGACUUUCAAGACCGACAGUAACCUUAUCUGUGUGUAACCCCGUUGGGAAGACCUCGCCGGUAGCAGGUUUUCUUUGUUGCGAGCCGUCUGAAGUGAGUUAAGUGUCAGGGAGGCUAGGGGCGCUGCCUGCAAACAUGUCAGGAGACCCUUAAAAUAUCACUACAAAAUGUCAUCAUAGCACCUAGUCCUUCUGCCCAGCGAGUCUCAAAAACACCACCUUCAUUAACUUUUACUCCUUUCACUCAACACCAGUAUAUGAAUCACUCUAGUGUAAACAAAAUAAACAAGUUAUCGCUUCAAGAAGUAAUCGUGUAAUACAAAACCCAAUAACCCACUUAUAAUGACAAAUAUUGCAAUUUUUUGUUAUGCAUUCUGUAGUAAAGUUCAUGGUGGGAUCUCUGAGGGCUAAAACUUUCCAACUCCACUCAUUAUUUUCCCACAACCCGUCAUGACACCCACUAGACAAACUGUAAAUAUGUAUCUAAAAAAUUUGUUUGCUCAAGAUCGUUUCCAUAUAAAGUGAAAGUAACAGACAGCAAUAGUUUAUAGAUUUUGGAAAAACAAGCCACACAGACAUGAUGGCCCGUAACUGUACAUAUGAGGUGUGCAGAUAAGAUGUAUUCAGUGGUAUAGGAGUCAUGUGCACGGAAUUACGAAGGAACUGGUUUUGGGCGCUGAAUCGGCCGUCUGCGAUUAGUAGGGUUUCGUCUGCCUAGCUUCAUGAUACUGACCCAGGGCUACUGACUGCCGGGAAACAAGCACCAUAAUUAGCUGAAAUGUUGGCGGACGUAACUUAUCUAUUUAUAUGAGAAAGUGCGGUCAGUAUACUUUCAGACAUGUUGCUGAUUUGUUAGUGUAAUGCAAAAACAAGAUGAGUAAAAAGUUAUUGUUAUACCAGUUAAUGUUUGUGUGCGUCUACACAUAAUACAUCAUUCCAAGCAUUUCUUCAUUCUUCUAAAUUUUACACAUAGCCGUCAAUGAUUAGAAUUUUAAAUAUCCUAACAGAUAUGCAUGGACAACCAACAAACAACAGCACUGCACAAUUUCAUUUACAUGCUGUGUCUCAAAUUCCGGUCGUUACUAUUUAUGUUAUCUUAAUAUAAAAAUUGAAAAAGGGAAGGGAAAAUAAAUCAACAAAAAUUAAGAAGAUGUAGGAGGAACAGAUAUUUUAUUACGUGUUUGUGAGAAAGCUGACAGUCGCCCCUCAGCUGCACACCAUGACAGACGCAGUACCAUAUGUAACGGUCGAACUCGGUAGAUAGCUAAUUCAGUCGUUUUGUUGGAUGGCUCCGUGGUAAAGGGGGUCUGUUCGUGGCCCUAAUGGUGUGAGUUCGAUCCUGACCCACGGCAGUUACUUGGUGAGAUUGGUGGUGCUUUCUCUUCAACCCUAGCUAAGGACUGGCCACAAGCUAACACGUCUGCCCUAAUGAACCUUGUGCAGUUGAUAGACAUUAAGCACAAGCCUUUUCUUUUUGCCGCAACUCAAAACAACUGAUUCAUUUACGCACGAGUUAGUUCCGAGUUAGCGUUGGGUGGCAGGUCGGUCACCAGCAGCCCAGGUGAGAGACACAAACGGCCGCGGCCAUUUACACCUGGAAACACGAUUCAUUUCAGACUUUUUCAACUCUCCCAUGGCAGCUGCAAACUUGUCAAAUAUAUGGUUCGAGGUUUAGGCCCAGAGUGUGUGGUUUAAUUAAUAUUCGGGACAAAGUAAACGCUACCAAAGGGAAUAAAUAUAAGAAUAUAAAAAAGGCAAGAAAACAUAUGAUCAAAAACUUAAACCGAACCCCAAACUAACUUAUCUGAGAGGCCGCAGUUUCGCCCGAGAGUGGUGAGAGAAGUUGAGUGAGUGACGGUGAGAGCGAUUUGUGAGUGUAUAUUGUGAUUUGUAUUCAUGUGAAAGGGAAGAAAGUACAUGUGAAAAUCCACGGAACCCGGCCUUUGAUAGUUCGGUCCUCCAGUUCCUGACGACCCAUCUCCGUGGCGAGGCGUUAGCAGCCAAGGUCCUCGUGCCUCCAUAGCCUUGUGUCCACCCGACGGCUCGAACUCAGCGCUAUCCAGGGUGAGGCAGGAGUAGUUCGCAACGCUACACACACGUCAGGGUCAGUCUGCAGUGAUCGUAGUUGCUUCGUUCCGUCUAUGGGCGAGUAUAGGGUUUUGGAGGAGGGCUCGAAACUGUAAUUGUCAAGAGUGUUCACUGAUUGUAAUAAAUAUUUUUCUAAAUGUA